AUGUUUUAUUUGUAUAACAAAAUUACUUCAUUAUCAACAAAAUCGCAAGGUGGAAAUGAAAAAAGAGAUAAUAAAGAAAAUGUAACAAAUUGUUUGGAUAAUAAUAUUGAUAAAAAUAAAAAUUAUGAAGAAUGUUAUAAAAAAGACGAAGAUAUAUUUUUGCUAUUUGAGGAUACAAAAUUUGAAAACUCAAAUAGUAUUAAUAAAAAUGUGAACCCCACAAUAAAAUUGGACAAAAAUGAAGUAGAUAAAAUUGAUCAUAGGAAUGAAAAUAAAUUAAAAGUAGAUUUAAAUAAACAAGAUAAAUUAAUAUGUGAAAGUGGAAAAGAGGAUGUAGUGAGUUGGGUGGAAUUCGACGAAAAUAGCGAUAACGAUGAUAAUUUUUUUAAAAUAAAUCAAAAUAAUUUUUGCAAUUUCGAAUUUUCGAACUAUAAUGAUAGCAAUCAUGAGGAUAGCAAAGAAAAGUCGAAAAAUAGUUUUCCAAAAUUUGAAAGGAAUUCAAGUAUUGACUGGUCAAAUAUUAAUUUGAAAAAUAAUACUAAGAGGUAUUUGUUAGAAAAUAUAGAGGAUGAAUUUCAAAAUUUUAAUUUUGAAAAUGAAGAUUUUGAUGAUUAUAGAACUAAGGAUAAUGAGGAAAUUCCACCGAAAUGUAAUAUAAAAAAUAUGAAUAAUACAGAAAACGAUAACAAUCAAAAGCCUUUAGAAAAUGAAAAAAUAUUUAAAGAAAAUUCAGAUUUUUCCUUCCUUGAAAUAGCUUGGAAUAAAUGUAUAAAUAAUAAUGAAAAAUUGGAAAAUUGUGGACGAAAUGAAAAGAUUUUGAAACCAAAACUAUUUGAUGACAAAAAAGUGAAUGAAAUAAUGGAAAUAAAUGUUAGUAUUAAAGGAAAAAAUUCAGAUAAAAUCAUUUCAAGUAUUCUAAAAAAAAAUGAAUUACAUGAAAAUUCUUUUAAUUUGAUGGAAUCUAAUAAUAUGCCAUAUAAAAAAAUUGAUGAAAAUGAAAUUAAAGAAGAUCCUUUUGUAUUUAAAUGUGAAUCUUCAUAUAAUAAUGAAAAUAAUAUUUGUGAAAAAAUAGUGAAAGAUUAUAAAAAUAAAGAAAAUAGUUUUAAUAAAAAUAUAAUGCAUAAUGAUAUGCAUACAGAUUUAAUAAAGAAUAAUAUAAAGAAUUCCGAAAUAGUAGACAAUGCAAAUUUUCCUAAUAAUAAUAAUGAUGAUUUACCAAAUUUCGAGAAUGGAAUGAAAGUUAAAAAACAUACAGAACAUAUUGAAAGUAAUUAUUGCCAACAAAACGAUGCAAAACAAAGCGACGUAAAGCAAAAUACAAUAGUUGGAAACUUUCAAGAGAAUAACAAUAUAACCCCGAAAAAAAUACAUGAAAUAGAAGAAAUUAAAGUUAAUUGUAGUGAGAGGGAAAAUGAUGUAGAAGAUGUUAUGAACAAGUGUGUUAUGGAGGAAUGUGCAGAAUAUAACGAUAAAAAAAAAUGCAAUUCUUUUGAUAAGUUUUUUUAUGAAAACCAAAUAAAUGAAGCAGAAGAAACGAAAGAAAAAGGUAACAUUGAAUCGUUUUUAUUUGAAAAAAAUAUGAGCAUUAUAGAUGGUGAGUGUGGCACAUCAGGGGUUGAAAAGAUAAAAAAAUUUCAUUAUGAAAAUGCUUUUAAUGAAAAGAUAUCCACAAAUUUGUUAAUAAGGAAUAGUGAUAAUAUUAUUCAAGAUACUUUAAAGAAGGAAGAGGAAGGUAAAAAUAAAAUAAUUUUUUUUGAAAAGGCAAAAAUGUGUAAAGAUAAUGAAUCACUAAAUAAUCAAAGCAAAGUAAAUUCUUUAAUUGAUGAAAAAAUGAUUGAAAUAAAUAAUAAUUCAAAUGAAGGAGAAAAUUGUGAUGUUUUAGAGGAAAAUGAAUUAUGGGUUGACAAUACAUUUAUUAAAGAAACAAAAUGCAAUAUAAUAUCUGAAAAUAAUAUAAAAGAGUAUGAAGCAGAUGCUGUAUUAAAUGGAAAUAACGAAAUAUUUGAAAAAGAAGACGAUGAAAAAAUACUUUGUGAUAAAGAAAAUUUGCAUGAAAAUGAAUUGUGGGAUGAAGAUAAACAAAUUAAAUUUUCUGAAUGCAAAAAUAGCAAUUUGGGAAUUGUUAUUAUGAAUAGUGAAGAGGAAGAAAAAGAGAAAGAAGAGGAAAAGGCAGAAAAUAUAUUAUGUGAAAAUAACGAAUUGUUUGAAAAUAAAAUGUUAUGGGGUGAAAAAAAAAUAAUGAAAAAAAUCAAGAGAGAAGAUAGUAUUGGAAUUUUUACUUCUAAUCAGAAUGAAGAAAAUAUAAUUUUAAAAAAUAAAGAGAUUGAAAUAGAAAAAUGUUCAGAAAAAAAUGAAGUGAAAAUUUAUAUUGAAAAUGAGAGUUUACAAAUAAUAUCAUUAGAAAAUAAAAAAAAUAGUGAAAUGAAUGAAAAUAAAAAUAAUUCUAGUUCAUCCAUAGAAUUUCAUGAAAUUAAAAAAAAAACAAAAAGUAAUAAUUUGAGGUUUGACAAAAUUUCUAAAGAGAAUAUUCAUUCAAAAAAUAAUAAUUUAACUUCGGUAAAUCUUUCAAGAUUUACUUAUGAAAAAAUAAAUGAAAUAAAGGCAAAUAAUAGAAAAGAAAAGAAAAGUGAUCUAAAUGAUAAUGAAAAAAAAACUGAUGCUUAUGAUAUAAGUUGUAAUAAUAUGAGAAAUAGAAAUAACUUAUGUAAUUUGAAAUUUAAUAAAAUAAAUGAACUUGAAGAACAUUUGUCUAAAGAAAGAAAAGAAAUUAUUAAUUAUUGUCAAGAUAUAGAUAGAAUAAGUUCUGAAAAUAAUAAUUUUAUACGUGGAAAUGAGAUAAAACUUGAUUUAAAUAAUAAUAACAAUAAAAAAUGUAAUAUAAUAAGUAAGAAAGAGACCAAAUUAAAAAAAAAAAAAAAACGAAAUGAUGAUGUAGAAAAUAAUAUCAAUGGGAAGUUAGCUUCCAUUACAAACAAGUUUGAAUAUGAAUCAAAUAGUUUAAAUUUUUUGAAAGCAUUAAAAGAGUUGCCAAAUCUUGAAUUUUUAAAAUGUAAAGACUUAAACCCAUUUUUGCGUUAUUUUAACAUUGUUUUGAAAACAGUGACUAUUUGCUUCAAUAAUGAAUUUUUUUUUUAUGUUUUGGCUGGAGACGAAACGGGAUGUGCUUAUGUUAAGCUGCGAAAUGAAUUUAGGGAUUUAUUUAAAGGGAAUGAAUCAUUUAUAAUAGAAAAUUGUUCUGUGAUGGAAGAAGGUUUUCACAUCAUUUUAGAAAUGAAUAAAUACAGUAAUAUAUAUCCAUUGAAAUAUAAUACUAUUAAAAAUAUAAAUAAACAUAUAAAUUUUUCAGAUGCCAAGUUUGUAUCAUUGUCUGAGCAUAUAAUAUAA